GGCGGCAGACAUGGUGAAGCUGGGCAGUAACCUGGCUGAAUAAGCGGAUAAUAGACAGUCUAUGGACGAUGGCUUUGAUAACAUCCCCCUCAUCACCCCUCUGGAGGUAAACCAGCUGCAACAGCCAUACUUAGACAAGGUAAUCGUGAAGACCACAACAGAGUAUCAGCUGCAGCAGAAGAAAAAGAAGAAGUUCUACGUGCCGGGAAUCAAGAAGCUGAAUAUAAAACUGUACGACGAGGUAUCAGAGAAGGUCAAGCUCACAGGUUUGAUCCUCAUCACCUUUGGGUUCCUGGCUUGUCUUGUCCUGCUGGUCAUGUACAAGGCUCUGUGGUACGAUCAACUUACCUGCCCAGAGGGCUUCGUUCUCAAGCACAAGCACUGCACCCCAGCAGCAGUCCUGGAGCCCUGGUACUACACAGAGCAGCAGCAGCAGGAGGACCCGGGCGUGCCCCCCCGCUCCAGCAGUCUCUACACCGCCCUGGGUCACCUCAACCAGGCCAAGAGGACCGCCGCUGGCGGCAUCAUCCCCGAGCUGCCCCCGUCACCAUGGUUCCCCGUCAUCAACGCCCUGAAGCAAGCCGAGAGGGCCAAAGAGGAGGCAAGUCGUUCGAAGGAGUGAGGGAUGGAGGGAUUUCCAGAGGGAAAGGGUUUAGGAAGGGGUGAUAAAGGUAGAAGGGAAUAUGGGAUUUCCAAAAGGAAGAGUUAGGAAGAGGGGAUGGAGAUGGAGAUGGAGAUGGAGAUGGAGAUGGAGAUGGGGGGGGAAAGUGUUGUUUACUUGGUGGAGUUGACUAUGAGGUAUUGUGGGUAACGCUCCAAAUGUCUGUUUAGGUGGCAGCGAACGUGACUCGUUUGCAGUAAAAAUUAAUCUCCCUAUGACGUUAUCAGUGAAGACCACCGCCUUGUGUUAUGUGUGUGCGUGCCUGUGCGAGCGAGAAAGAGAGAGAGAGAGAGAGAGAGAGAGGUGAGAGAUGUGCGUGUGAGAAGCGUUGGAGAAGUGAACAUAACAAGAUUCCCUGAAAUUCUCACUAGAUUGUCCUUAUCAGACUAACAUGUUUUGAGAGUAUCAUUAGUAAUUAUUAAUUAGUUAAUUAAUUAGUAAUUAGUAAUGUGGUCUUACAAGGUUUAGUGUUAUUACAUUUAGAUCGAACUAGACAUGUUUUUUGUAGAUUUUUACAUACACAGUACUGAAAUAAAACGUUUUGUUCUAUUCAGGAAGCACACAGCCCACAUUCAUUUAGAAACCUGAUUGUAAAAACCGUAUUUAUCAUGCCUUUUUUUCUCAGUAGAUUUCCCAGCAACUAUGAACAAUUUGUGUAUGAGGACUUUGGUACAAUUGGGUACAAGGAACUUGUAUAUUUUCGGGUGGAAGAUAGUCAAAUGGGUUGAUGUCAUUUCAAUUCAGAUGAUUUUGAAUGUAGUAGACUAGCAGCUGUACAGGUAGGAUUCAUAUUUCAGAAUUCUUAUUUUAACAGAACAAUAACUACCUAGAGUAUCUGUAUCUUUGUGUUUUCUAGUAUUUAUUUAAUUACCUAUUUCUUAAGAGCUUAAUUUUUUUUCUUAAGCAAUUUAUUUGACAUUUGUUUGAUUUGGGUGAAAAGCUAGAAGGAUUUCUUUUGGGAUUUUUUAAAUAGUGAAUAAAAUGCAAUUCAAUUCACAUCAAGUUUGCAUUAAUCCUAAUUCAUCAUAACAACUGGCAGUAUUUUCACCAUGGAUCAGAUUGUAAAUAUGAAUGUGAUACUGUCAUUAUGUCACCAUUCACCACCCAGCGGUAAUAAACCUUGUUCUGUUCUGAGUGCCAAACAUUUAUGUCAGACCCAUCUGCUCUGAUGUCAUCAAUAAAGUGUUAAGCUUUCUCCUUCAUAA